AUGCCUUCUGUCGAAGAUGAAAACCAGGCAGUUGAGGGGUACAGCGCGUUUGUACCGAUGGAAGAGAACGGCUCACCAGAAGAUCCUCAGGUAAAUGUUACUGUCUUGGAUGAGGCUGUAGAAGAGGGAGCGGUUUGUAUCGAAGAGCAUGAACUCGCAGCGGCGGACAGAGAUCUUUCGAACCCCUUUGUCUUUAACAUGGCUUCGCGUGAAGUGGAUGAGGGCUACAUGUCUGUUAUUCGGGGACUGAACACCUUUGACCGUGAGGAUGAAGAAGUGUGCCGAAAUGCUGUAGACAUCUGCAAAGAUAUUAUUGCAGUGGAGCAGAGCCUUUUUUCUGAAGCUCCCAGCUAUGUUACAUACUUCAUGUCUGCGCAGCGUGCAAAGGCGAUUGCGUACAACAAAACAGUCCAGCCACAUUUGACUCUUCCCACAGCGAGCGGAGCUACUUGCAAUUGGGAAGAACAACGGGCGUACGUUGAUCCCAGUGUGCCGCUGUUACUUCCGUAUGAUGCUGAGCGGUUCAAGCUGGAGCGGCCUGAGAGAACCCCGGCAGAGGGCACGUACCACAAUCUCUUCUACGGUGAUGGCACGCAGGUCGUGUUCUCUGCUCCACCCGACAACAAGCGGAAGCAACUUGAAGAGGAGCAUAAAAAGCAUCCCCAUCCGUCCUAUCACGGACCGUACGUCUUUAAGCCGCAGCAUAAGAAGCCCAUGCGUGUUCCUGCUGAUUUUGUUCCUUCCUGCGCAGUUGUUGAAAAUUCUCGCUCUGCCUCACGGAAUAAGCGUAUGAGCAUGACGAAACCCAAGAAGCAAAACAAGAAGAAAGUAAUCACAAAGUAG